AUGAAACAUUCUCAAGCUAAUGUCAUCACGUGGUCUGGUGUGUCAAAACAAAUACAAUACAAUGGGAAGAAUAAAAAGGUUCAUCUGGAUCAACCCAUCAAGAAGUCUAAUCAAAACUGUAGUCAGAUCUCCAAUCCCAAUGGCAUUACUAAGAUAGACAUGGUUAGUCAAAUUCAUCAUACAAGUGCAACUUUGCCAAAAAAUAACCCCUUUCCUGAAAAGCCACUCAAAGCCUUCCGAUUAGCUUCAAAGUCAACUCUAACCAGUUGGGAAAUGGCUGUGUGA